AUGGCGACAGUCGAACAUUGUCUGUACUGCUUCGAGGCACUCUCCGCCAGCCUCGAGAAGCGCAGUCCUAUGUCCCUCUACCAGGUCCAAACAUCCUGGGAUUCAUAUCCUAAAGGUCUUGACGAAGAUGAUUCCGAAGUCGAAACCUCCUCGGCUGCUGAGCCUGGAGAUUCUGAACCCGUGUCACGUCCCACCCCACGCCAUCCCUCGGUUCAGAGGAUAGCAGAUAACAGGAAUAGUUCCCGCUCGAGUGGCAGUUCUACACCUGCGAGUAGCAGCAGCAACAGCCUCAGCGUCGAAAGCGCGGCCUCCACGCCAGGGAGUUCAGGAAGUUAUUCGCCGGUCGGGUUACAUCCCAGAAGGACAAGUCAGAGGGGUGGGGAGAUCACAGAGAGUCCAUUGUUUGUGACUUGGAAUACCAUCGAACCAUCAUCGCAGCACCCCCGCUCUCUUCGUGGUUGUAUCGGAACAUUCGAAUCCCUACCCAUCGCCAGCGGCCUCGCCUCCUACGCCCUAACAUCCGCCCUCCAAGACCACCGCUUCUCACCUAUCUCCCUCCGCGAACUCCCCACCCUCGAAGUCUCAGUGACGCUUCUCACAGACUUCGAGCCCUGUAAAGAUGCGAUGGAUUGGGAACUCGGGAUCCACGGAUUGAGAAUCAGUUUCUACGCCAGGAAUAAGAGAUAUGGGGCUUGUUACCUGCCAGAUGUGGCUGUGGAACAGGGAUGGGAUAAGGAGGAGACGAUUGUGAGUUUGAUGAGAAAGGCGGGCUGGAGUGGCAAGAAAGAGAAAUGGACUGAGGUGGGCGACUUGAAAUGUGUGCGAUUUCAGGGGAAGGCGGAGAGCGCGGGGUGGGAUGAGUAUAAGAAUUGGAAGGAAUGGGUUGAGAAGGGUGGCGAGGGGAAGAAUUAA